ACCCACUUCAGCCUGUGACUUGAGACAUUUUCUUUCUUCCUGGUAUUGUUUUCUUUAACAACUGGUCUAGAGGCUACUGAUAGCUGUGUUCUAUUUACUACUUCACAAGACAUGUGUUGGGAGUGCAGUACUGAUAAGGAAUAAAGAAGAGUACAUUUCAACAAAAUUAAAGAGUCAGCCUUUUCCAGGAGGAUUACAAACAACUUGCCCAACAUGACAGUUUGGGAAGUUUUAUCACGUGUGCGCCCAAGAAAUAUGAGGGAAGUCCUGUUCUUGAGUAUUCCAACAUGUUUUCUUACUGCAGUGUGGCUUACAGGUGAAUCUAUCACCAUCACCGCUGAUCCUUCAGUUGCCCUUGUUGGUGAGCAAGUAACUCUGUCUUGCCAGCUGACUCCCAGAAUCCUCUCCAACGCAAGUGUGCUUUGGUACAAAGAGGAAAAGGAAAGAGAUGCUCCACUCUGCUCUUCCUCCAGCCUGGAUGGGGAGGUGGAACAGUGCCAGCAUGAAGAACAGUGCAGGAUUAAAGGGCGCUGGGAGAGAAGAAGAUUUCUCCUGACUAUCCAAAAAGCGCAAAUAGCUGACAGCGGGGUGUACAUUUGUGUUGUAAGUGGCAACGCUGUCUCCCAGAAGGCUGUCACUCACCUUGAUAUUAUAGCAAUAGGGAACAAACCAGCUUUGGUAAAGGAUCAGCAAGAGGAGAGCUUGUGUCGCUACACAUGUAAUUCAAAAGGAUGGUACCCAAAGCCUCAAGUCAUUUGGACAACCUAUGGAGGAGGCAAAAAACAUAUGGAGAUCAAGACCAGCGUCACCUGGAGUGAGACAGAACUUUUUGUAGUACAAAGCAUCAUGGCAGUUCCUUGUGAUGACGUAGAUGUGAAAUGUGUCAUUAUGCUCAUCAAAGAAAAGAUAAACCAAACUGGAGAACAUCUAUCUUCAUUGACCAAGACAAGCAUCCUAGAGGAGAAGUACAAUAUUUUUGCAAUAGAAAGCUCUGAUGAGAUACAUGGUGGACAUCUAGCACCUUCUGACUUGACAACUAAUGGGGAAUCCUAUUUACAUAUUGUUCAACAGUCAGGAAACCAUGACUGGCUCUGGAUUCUUUAUCUCUUUUGCUUCAUUACUGCAAUAGAGGAGCUCCAUGCACAAAGAAGAGCAGGGGAGGAUGCACAGAAAGAGACCCUGAAGAAGAUUGAGCAACUGCUGGCACAAAGAAAAGCAGAGGAAGAUGCAGAGAAAGAGACUCUGAAGAAGGAGAAUGAGUUAUUGCGUGCACAAAGACAUAAAGUUGAUGUCACCCUCGAUGCUGACACGGCUCAUCCUAGACUGCAAGUGUCUGAAGAUGGGAAGAGUGUAACAGACACCGGUGUGAUCAGAAGAGUGCCCAGCAAGGAGGAGAGAUUUGAUUCCCACACUUUUCUGUUGGCAAAAGAAGGUUACACAUCGGGGAGACAUUACUGGGAAGUGGAUGUUGGAAAGAAGCUCAACUGGAACUUGGGUGUUGCCCAGGAGACUGUGACUCGGAAAGAGACAGUGGCUCUGUCCCCAGAGAAUGGUUUCUGGGUCAUAGGGUUAGCAGAUGGGCAAGAGUAUUGGGCCCACUCGGAUCCCUGGACCCGUUUAACUGUGAGUGGCAGACCACAGAAGAUUGGGAUCUUCCUGGACAUCUCAUCCAAGAAGUUGUCAUUCUUCAAUGUUCAUCAGAAAAAAAUGAUGUAUGUUUUUAGCUUUGUUAAUUAUCACAGCCAGAAUGUGAAGCUUUUUCCCUUCUUCUCAACAGGUUCAUCUGCAACCAAUUCUGACACUGAGCCUCUAAGAAUUGCAUGGGGGUUUGAUGAUGAUGACAAAUGAAUGGUUGAAGUAAAAAUGUACAGUUAAUUAAUGACUGAAAAGUGAGUCUGAGGUCCAAGUACACUACAUUCAGCCCCAUGCUUUGUGCCACCAAGUUGAAAUAUAAAAUUCUUUCACCA